GCAUUCUAAUUGGACCACUGUUAAUCAAGGCGACACCUAUAAAAGGCGUGUACCCGGGAAUAUCUAAUAUCAUAAGUUUAGGCACUAUAUAUUCUAAUCCUAAAUGUUACAAACCCCUCAAGUAAAGGGAAGCACUCGUGGUGCUAACGUAUGUAGUUUUUCAAAUGAAUCUUGAUUUCAUCAGUUAACCUAGAAUGUCGAUCAUUUUCGUGGUGUUUCUUGCUAUGUGUUUCGGAGACGCACAGAGUUUAAACAUAACGAAGCUAAUGGAGUUUCAGCUUACACUCUGCGGUCCAAAGCGGUUUUGCAAUUUAACAAAGUUUAAUUUUCCAUUUGUUGAUAAAGUGGUCAUCCAAGACGUCUAUAGAUGCCCUCGUUGUCAUUGUGACGAUUGGUGUAGAAUGCGCCAUAAUUGUUGUCCCGACAAGUACUUUGAAGUUAGGGAUUUCACUUGUGUGAACGUCACUUCCGUUAAUGCAACAGAUGACAUAGCGAGGAAUCAGAGAACGUCCUUUCUUAUGGUCAAAUUUUGUCCUGAUUCGGCCGAUGCCCACUUGAAAGAGAAAUGUGAAACUGACCAAUCAGCGGUUGAUAAACUGAAAUAUCCACCAGUCACUGGUCAAAUAACAGGGCUAGCGUAUGCUAAUCAGUUUUGUUCAAUGUGUCAUGACGAACACUCAAUCAAAACAUGGGGUCUGGACUUUAGCUGCGAAAUCUUUCUGGACAUCAAUUUUCUGUCUUCGUUUGAGGAGUUUAUCAUUAAGGGUAGGGAAAAUAAAUGUCUCAUUCAAACAGUUUUCCCGAGGUUGGACUGUGAAUUGUUAGAUCCUCGUCCAGUAUGCUUGCUGGGUAACGUCAUGAAACAACAUCCGUUAAAUUGUGUCCAAAUGGAAGUGCUACCGUAUAGGUUUUGCAAUACAACAGGUUUCUGGCAAGAUUGGGAUUACGACGUCGAAGAGGCAUGCCAUUCAAAUUACGUAGAAAAAGACAAGUUGUUUAAAAAUACAUUUUGCAGAGUAUGUAACCCCCCACUGAAUACGUUACCGGUGAUAGGGAGUUGUAAUACAACAGGGAUGUGGGAUCUAUAUGACGCCAACAUAAUGAGUUCUUGUUUUUACUAUGGAGAAAAUCCAGCCACUUUUCCCUACAAAAACGUUUUUUGUUAUGCCUGCAACUCUCCGAGUAAUAGGAGAAUGAAUUCUGGUAUAUUUGUCGAUACAAAUGCAGUGGUGGAAAAAACUGAAGUUACGGCUGGAAUGGUGUUUCUACACAAUCUAACCAUCAACACAUAUAAUGACAAGUAUUUCCACUUAAUCCAAAGCAAAGUAACAACAGAAACAGUUGAAAUCCAGAUGGAAACCUUAGAAGAAAAUUACUACAAAGGAAGAACCUUCCCAAACACUACUCACUUAAUCUACACAUCCGCGGCAAUACAGUCCUAUAGCAGUUCCUGUAACGGUUCCAUGCCAGAGAUUGAUAACUUCAAUCAAGCGUGUCGAUGUGACCUUGGAUGCCUUUUGACCAAUGAAUGUUGUGAAGAGUUCAGCCUCGAGUAUCCAAGCAUGUGUUUAAACGAACAGAUUCCUUCAUGGAAAACACUUCGAACAAACCAUUCACCCGGAUUCCAAGGGUACAAAGUAGCAUACAACUGUUUCGUAAACAAUGAAUAUGCCGAUGAUUUUGGAGAAAGUUGUCGCAACCCAGGGGAUGACGUUUUUUCAUUGCAUCCAUUGACAGACAUGCGGACAGGGUUGUCUUUUCUGAACCUUUAUUGUUACUUGUGCAACCUUAAAAAUACCUCAAUGGUUGACAUAUCCGACAAACUGAAGCCCUGGGAUUUGAAGAUCCGAUGUGGAAGUUAUAUUAACAUUCACAACUACCUCCUUCUUUCUGACUUGCUGAAAACCAUGAGAUCUGCUGAUUGCAACAUUACAUACCUGCCGAAUACAAAAGGCAGAAGUACUGUGUUGCCGUGUAAGGUUGAAUCAGGAGAAUACGGGACCUGUAAUAAGACUGGGUUAUGGGAAACGUUGGAUUCUGAAAUAAAAUGGGGGUGUGAAAACCUAACAUACGGGUCUCUUCCCACUUGGAGACCUCGUUACGCGUCCAAUCGAACACUCAUAAACAACUCUUAUAAAAAUCUGUUUUGCGCAGUGUGCAAUCCCGCGUCAACAUCUUCUUUGACCAUCAAUGAAUGCAAUGUUACGGGUAACAUGGUUUCAUAUAACGCCAGUGAUGAGAAAGGUUGCGAGACGUUUCCUCAAAUUGGUUUCUACGCUCCAUAUAAAAACGUGUUUUGCUUUCGGUGUAACGAAGCUCCAGUAGAGAUCGACCCAACGCUGCAGACGACAGCGAAACCGAAAGAGGAAGAGUACGACGAAUUGUUCCCAAUCGUUCAAUGGUAUCCUGUUUUUAGAAACUUGUUUUCCUUUAGUGACUUCGAAGAGGACUAUUUAUCUGUACAUGAAGACAGUAGAUGCAGCGACAGAGAAGUGUAUGACCCAAUCCAUAAAAAGUGCAGGGACAUGAAAUGUUUUCCAGGGAAAACACCAGUAAACGGGUCUUGCCUACCACUGCUUAGAGAAUCGACAAAUCUUAGCUAUGCACUCUCUGCUGAAUUUACUCUCGAGAAAUCUGAGACAAAUUGUUCAAGAGUCGCAAAAAUAGUAUUGCGAUUCUUGCAGAGAGAAUGCUUUAAAGAUUUAAUUUAUUCAGUAAUUAAUGGUACAAAAUUGUAUGCAUUAGCGCUUGCUGUAUAUCUUCAGCCUUGCAAAAAUACUAGUACUCUUUUGGGUGACAUUAGCGGUGUUUUUGCUGUCAACGUUUUUGCCAACCAGAGUGUCAGACGUUUUGAACUUGAGAGUUAUCUCUAUCAACUGAUGAUCAAUGAUUGUAUUCUACAAUCUGGAAAUAAAUUCAGAAUGAUCAGGGAGGUCAAUUCCGAAAUGCCCAUACCAAACGUGACAUUAAACAGCCAUUGUGCUUCAAUCAAAGCCACAGAAGACACAAACUUGAUGCAUAAUAGAGGAAAAUACAAACCUAUCCCGGUUUCAAAGAUACUGUUUUGUAAUCAGAUUGUUAUGGACCAAAAAGAGUUCCGUACCUUAGCAAACAACCUGGACAUCAGAUCUCUGCCUUUCCAUUAUAGACAGGACGAUCAGAUAUAUAGGAUUUGUGUUGCAGAUAUCCUGCCCCUAUUCAAUACCGGAGGCAUUGCACAGGGACCACGUAUUCUUCUGUGGUCCAUAACAUUAGGCGUGAAUGUUAUGUCGAUAGUUUCAUUGUUGUUGACCAUUUCAAUAUAUAUCAAGGUAAAGACAUUACAAACCCUAGCAGGAAAAAACAACAUGAUAUUGUUCGUGUCUUUAACCAUAACCCUCUCCAUCCACCAGCUGAGUCAAGUUGGAACCUUCAGUGAUUUGGCGUGUGCGGUCUUUGGGGUUUCCCUGCACUAUUUCUGGCUGCUGUCGUUUUUCUGCAUGACUAUCUGUUCCUACCACAUGAACAAAGUUUUCCAUCAAAACAAUCUCGUGACCAUGCGACAAAAAUCCGCCAUCUUCUUGAAGUACUUGUCUGUCGUUAUCAUUGGACCAGCAAUCAUCGUUAGCGCCAAUAUUAUCGGUACUUUCGCUAUCCAAAUGGACGGAACUCUUGGAUACGGACAAAUAAGAUGUUUCAUUGACAAUCGUCAUUCUCUCUUGGCAUCUUUCGUGGUUCCUGUAGCAUUCUUAUGUUCUGCAAACACGAUCUUCUUCAUACGAACCUUGAUUUCCAUUAAGAAGACACCCGAUGUUCCAGAAAACACGAAGAAAAGGAAUGAGUUCGCCAUCUUUGUCCGGCUGUUCACGGUGACGGGAUUGACCUGGAUAUUACAGAUUGUCGACGCUUUCCUGCAAUUCUCCGCCUUCUCCUUCGCUGCUGAGGUCAUCAAUGGUUUGCAAGGUGUUGCUAUAUUCAUGGCGUUCAUAACCAACAAUAGAGUAAUCCAUUUGUUAAAAAGAGAGUUUCAGGAAAGGGCUAUACCUGAUAGACUGUAUGCUGUCAAAAAAUGACAGGUUCGAUUUACCUUUGCUGUUUUUGAUAUGUCAAUUAAGGAAGUAUAGGCCACCUCCAUGUUGUGACUUAUUGUUUAUCGAAAUAAACAAUAAAACAAGGUGUAACUAUACAAGUAGUUUCUUUCCCAACAUUGUCACCUAACAGCAUAGCGCAGUGGGUUAGAGGGUCUACUACUAAUCUGUAAGUCAUGUUCGAAUCCCGCUUGGGGUUUUACAUUUAUUACCUCUCCAAAUAUUUUCAAAACAUAUUUUUUUUUAUCAAAUAUUGUAAAGUUUGAAAAUUCUGAACCGGCAAAGUUUUUAAUUAUAAUGUACAUGUACUUUAAUCUACAUUAGUAACGCCCAUACCACCUUAAUUCAUAUUUUGGUUUUAUCUGUAGGCUGUACAAAUGCUUUUGAAGUUUGUAUAAUAUUUUCGUAACAAUUUGAACUGCAUUUGUAAUGUUAACAUCAGUCGGUGGAAAUUAUAUGAACAUUUCAUUUUUUUGUUAGCAUUUUGUUACAUUAACCGGAAAAGUUUGUUAAUACCGUACUACACAAUGUGUUGCAUGUACAUAUCCAAAAAGCAGCUUUCUCCGUUAAAUGUUCAAAAUUUCAUAGAGGAGGAUUUUUUGUACAAUUUCUUAAUUCUAAUGAGUAUUCAAACUUUUGCAAUCAUUUGUUUUUAUGAGUAUUUGUACUAAGAUGUUGUAAGAACAAGAAUAAAAGCAAUUUGAUAACGAG